UGGGAGGUUAUCACUGGAAAACUACAAGUCCCAGAAUGCAUUUCAUGAGCACAGGCCCGUCAGGUUCACACAUGCUCAGUGCGGUGGCAGGAACCGGCUUUCCAUGGGUUCCUAGCUAAAUUAAGGUGGGGCAAAAGGCCCCACCCCUAAAAGCAAGCUUCGGGAUUGGAGUUGGAGCUCAGCCUGAGGGUGGGGCCAGAAUUUACCUUUGCACUUCAGGCGGGUCUGGGUUGGUGGUGUCUGACUGGGUGUGUCCAGAACUGGCUGCUAUCCUGACACGUCUCAGAGCUGCUGACAGGUUCUAUGGACAGCCUCCAUGGCCUCUGGGCUGGCAGAAGAGUCUGAACCAAGUCCUGGGGAGUCUGAACUGGCUGUGAACCCCUUUGACGGGCUCCCCUUCUCUUCUGGCUACUAUGAGCUGCUUGAGCAGCGCAGAGCCUUGCCCAUCUGGGCUGCUCGCUUCCUGUUCUUGGAACAUUUGGAGAGUAGCCCCACUGGAGUGGUGCUGGUAUCUGGGGAGCCCGGCUCUGGCAAGAGCACCCAGAUUCCUCAAUGGUGUGCAGAGUUUGCAUUGGCCAGGGGAUUCCAGACAGGCCAAGUUACUAUCACUCAGCCCUACCCUCUAGCAGCCAUGAGCCUGGCUUCAAGGGUGGCUGAUGAGAUGGACCUGACCCUGGGUCAUGAGAUUGGAUACAGCGUUCCUCAGGAGGACUGGGUGGCCACGACCGGGCGACGGGGCCCCCGGGACAGCAACAUCUCUGUGCACCGGGCGCAGCCGCGCGUGUCCCCGCCCCUCCCGGGCGUCUGCGCAGGGACUCGCAUCCCGGAGGAGCGUGGCGGGCGGGGGUCUCGGGAGCGCAGGUGGACACUAGGCUGCCCAGGCCGCUGCCCGAGUCCGCCCCCACUCUUCGCCUCCCGAUGGGUGCCGCUGGCCAGCUACUGGAUUCGUUGUGGCCCCUACCCAAAUGCCCUCUGA